AUGUCGAAUAUUUUUCCACAAGGUGAAUUUUAUAAAAUUGCUGAAUUCGUUUACAAUGGUACAGAAAAUUGCAGAAAAUAUGGCAAUCAGGCUGAAGUAGCAUUUACAUAUAUGAACGAUAAUCGUCCAGAGCUGAUAUGGAUGACGAAUAAAGAUGAUUUCAACAAGUAUUUUGCUAAUACAACUUUUAAUUAUGAUAUACAAGUGCAGCCAAAAUUGCCAAAAGCGAUAGUGUUGGCAGAUGACAUUGAAUUAGCUGCAAAACGAAUAUUGUCACGGCAUCAAAAUGAAAAUUAUGCUAAAUAUAUAUUGGUUAUAUCUGAUUUUGACCUAUACAUUCCUGCAAAUAUGAGCGAAGUGCUAAAAGACUUAAUGGACAUUAACAAUAUUCGAUUUGAAGCAUUACAGUUUGAUGAAUAUUAUGAUGAAGAUAAAUCGUCAUAUCAAAGCGAUGAAAACUACUUUGAAAUGAUCACUUCAAAUGCACAUUACAUUGAGGUGGAUUCUGUAGAUUCGCUUUAUGCAGCAAAAUUGGCAAUCAAAUUGUAUCCGUGUAUUCUGGAAGAAACCGAAGAAGCAUUUGCAUUAGCACCAACAGAACACAGUUCUGCAAAACCGUUAUGGCUUUGGAUUCUUCUAAUACCGUUUUCGUUAUUAGCCAUACUGCUCACCUAUUUUGUGUGGAAAAAAUAUCUACGAAAUGCACAAAACAGAAUUGGAAUAUCUGACAAAGUUAGUGCACUACCAAAUGACUAUCGUACACUUGAAUGUAAAAAUUGGAUAAUUGAUGAUAACCACAUUGUAAUUGACUAUUCACAAAAACUUGGAUCUGGAGCUUUCUCAACUGUUUAUAAAGGACGUAUAAUUGGAAUGGCACCUGUAUGCAAAAUGGUACCAUCAGUAGUUCUACAGAACGUCUUUAACGACUGUGAAGUUGCAGUCAAAACUUUGCCUACAUUUGCUGAUGACAGAGCCAAAUCAGAUUUUAUGCAGGAAAUCAAUUUUAUGAAAAGUUUGGUCUACCAUCCACAUCUAGUUUGUAUGCUCGGUGUAGCUCAUCAAACUCCUAGUGAACUUUGUCUGGUGGUUGAAUUUUGCUCAAAAGGGGAUCUUCUGCAUUACGUCCGA